CUACACACCCAACAUCCACAAUGGAGCCUCUGGACAGGACAGGCUGGACACUGCUCUCUGGUGACCCCAACACCUCCACUCCCAACCUGGGGUAUCACUACUCCUACCCUGAUUCUGGUCCUGCAACCCCGUCCUUCCCCUCCCCAUCCUUGUUCCCCAGUUCCUCCUCCAACGUGUCCAGUCAGAGCGUCCCGUUCCAGGGCAGCAGUACCCUGAUGACUGCCGUCAUCUCCCUGAGUGUGUUCGUGGUCGGCCUGAUAGGUAACACCCUGGCCAUCUACGUGGUGCUACGCUACGCCAAGAUGAAGACCGUCACCAACAUCUAUAUCCUGAACCUGGCAGUCGCAGACGAACUCUACAUCCUGGGACUUCCCUUCCUCACCACCCAGAACGUUCUCUCCUACUGGCCGUUCGGCUCCUUCCUGUGUCGUGUGCUGAUGACCGCUGACUCCAUGAGCCAGUUCACCUCCAUCUUCUGCCUGACCGUGAUGUCUAUCGACCGCUACCUGGCCGUGGUCCACCCCAUACGGUCUACAACAUGGCGGCGACCGCGAGUGGCGAAGGUGGUGAGCGCCGCGGUGUGGGCGUUGUCGUUGGUGGUCGUCCUGCCCGUGGUCGUGUUCUCUGGCGUUCAGGACACGUUCAACUCGUGUAACAUUAGCUGGCCGGAGCCGCAGGAUGUCUGGUCGACCGUGUUUAUCCUGUACACGGCUACGCUGGGGUUCUUCGGACCACUCCUGGUCAUCUGUCUCUGCUACCUGCUCAUCGUGGUUAAGGUGAAGUCUUCAGGUGUGCGGGCGGGCUUCACCAAGCGCCGGCGGUCAGAGCGCAAGGUGACCCGUAUGGUGGUGAUCAUCGUGGUGGUCUUCGUCCUCUGCUGGCUCCCCUUCUUCAUCAUCAACAUCAUCAACCUCAUCAUCAUCAUCCCAGAGUCCUCCGUGACCGCCGGAGUCUACUUCUUCUCUGUCAUCCUGUCCUAUGUUAACUCCUGUGCCAACCCUCUGCUCUAUGGCUUCCUGUCAGACAACUUCAGACAGAGCUUCAGAAAGGUUCUGUGCGUGCGGAAGGCCAACGGCGUGGAGGAUGGUGACCCCAGCGCCCCGAGGAUGGAGAAAACUAGAGAGACGACGAGAGACGACUCCUUCCUGUCGCCUAGGAACCACGAUGGACACAACGGACACACACCACAGAAUAGCCAGGUCGUCCAAUUGGAGCCUUGUGGUAGCCCAGGGGAGAAAACAAGGCCCUCAGGGCCCACUGUGAUUUGCCAGUCCUCGCUUUAAACUCUCCUGAUUGGCCGGUUUGAAGUCUCUCUACCUCUCUUGUGUCUCUGUGUCUCUGUGUCUCUGUGUCUCUCUCUCUCUCUCUCUCGCUCUCUCUCUCUCUCUCUCUCUCUCUCUCUCUCUCUCUCUCUCUCC